CACUCAGCGAGAUGACGAGCAAGCUGGAAAAAGCCUUGAAUGACAUUAUCGAAGUAUACCACAAGUACUCUGAAAGUGAGUGCAGCGAGGACGAUUACCUGCAGAAGGAUGAAUUCAAGAAGCUGCUCAAAAAGGAGGCCAACUCAUUUCUGAGAUGCACUCUGCCGCACGGGAUGGAAGAAGCUGACUACAUAGAAGACCUGUUUCAGAAGGCCAACAAAAACAAAAAUGAAUACCUCCAUUUCGAAGAGUUCGUUACCACCCUGGCGAAAUUGGCCAUACAUGCUCACAAUAUGUCACACAAGGGUGUGAAGCAGGGUGAGGAGCAAGGGCAAGGACAUGUGCAUGGCCCCCAUUAACUUGGGCCUGAGCAUAAUUCUGGCCCCGCUCCUGGAAGCUCCUCUGGGCACGGGUGUCAUGGCUGUGGCACUAACCUCAGCGAUGACCCUAACCACCGAAAUCAGGGAGACCCUUUGAGUUAAACCGAGAUGAGAUUUUGUAAAUAUCUAAUGUAACCAGAGA